UGUCUAAUUGCCGCCAACAGAAAACGAGCACCUACUAACCAAAAAAAGAAGAAGCAAGGAGCACCUAACUCCAUGGAAAGCAAGAACUACAGCAUCAAAGCAGACAAAGUUGUUCUUGACGAAGAAAACAAAGAAUCCAUCACAACCACCACUGACCGAUGCUAUUUCUCAGAAUUGCCGUGGCAUGUCACAUUGGAAAUCUUGCUCAAGCUCCCUAUUGAAGCCUUAAUACGAUGCAGGUAUGUAUGCAAGUCUUGGCGUGACCUACUCUUAGAUCCUAGUUUUGCCAAACUACACCAUGGUAUCACACCCACUGGUGUUGUGCUUCAAUCUAGCUUAUUCCCUCAUGGCAAUUCUGGUGGGCUUUACUUGCUUGAGCCUCAAGAACAAGGACCCACUUCUAUAAUUGCCAAGUUGAACCAUUUCACAUACCUUGAAUCUACUCUAGUGAAUUCAUGUAAUGGGUUGAUUUGCUCUUGUGAUAUUAGGAUGGCUAAUCCCAUAUACAUAUCAAAUCCUAUAACUGGUGAUUAUUUGACCCUGCCAAAUGGUGAAACAAAGCCAGAUGGUCAAUUUGUAUCUGGGUUUGGAUUUAGCCCCAAGACUAAGCAGUACAAAGUGGUUAAAUAUUCAGACUUUGUAGAGAUUUAUACACUAGGAAGUGGUGGUUGGAGAAGAAUUGAACAUGUUCCACCUGCUCGCCAUAGGAGUUUGUUUGGGACUUUUGUGGAUGGAGCUCUUCACUGGCUUGUUAAACUUCCUAAUGGCUCAGUGCUUAUUCGUUCUUUUGAUCUUGAAAAUGAGCAAUUCCGAGCAAUUCCACUACCUUCAUCUAGGGUAUAUUAUGCCAGUUUUAAAAGGUCAAAUCUUGGGAUAUUUGGAGACUGCCUUUCUUUGAGUUCAAUUGGUAUGUAUGCUUCUGAUUGGGAUAUUGAAAUUUGGGUGAUGAAGGAAUAUGGUGUUAAAGAGUCUUGGACCAAACAGCUUGUGAUUAAAUCCCCAAGUCCAUGGGAACAUUGGUGGAACCCUGAGAGUGUUCAAGUUAUAUGUUUUUUGAAAAAUGGGGAAGUUAUCUUGGAUUGCGUAGGUUGUCCAGUCAUUUACAAUAUUGCUCAAGAAAGCUUCAGAUUGUUGAACCCUAAUGGGAUAUUAUUGACACAUGUUAAAGCAACUGCUCAUGCUUCAAGCUUUGUUUCGCUUAAAGACAUUGCAAUGGGAGAUGGCUCAAGAGUGCUUAUAAACUUAGAUCAUGUCUAAGUGUUUCUGAUCCUUUUUAUUUUUUAUUUUUUAUAAAACAACCAGAAAACAGAGCAUUACAAAGUUAGGUGCUGAGGCCAUUGGUAGUGCAAGGGAGCACUGGAGGCCAUAACAGCCAUAUUAUGUACAUUAACAAGCACAAAAGCAGGGAUCCAACGGAAGGAAAAGCACAAACCCCGCUGCUUUAAGGACUCUAAAUCAGCAAAGAAGGUUUUUCCUUCCCAAUCCGGAGCUUGGCCUGAAUUAAACAACUGAACCAAAAAAUUACAAUUGCUCAAAACCAAAAUCUGGUUGAACUGAAGCCUAGAAGCUAUUACAGCUGCUUCUCUAAGGCCUUCAAGCAAAACACCUGGGACUGAUCUAGCUGCACUGCUGCUGCACCCGUAGAACACCACUACACCCUGCCUGGUCCUAGUCUCAUAAGCAAAAGCAGCUCUCUUCUUUCUUCUCUGCCUGACACCAGAAAUCUUGAGGAUGAUGCUCCACUGCCCAUGAAGACCUUGAGCCAUAAUUUUCUGCCUAGAUAUCCUAUGAUCAGUGCUGUGAUGAUUUUGAAAGAUCUCUUGGUACCUGCAAAACAGAUUUUGAGUGGUUAAAAUGACAUACAUUGGAUCAGGAGUAACUCCCUCAUGAAUCACGCGGUUUCUAUGAUUCCAAAUAGCCCAGAGGGUGAUGAAUAUCAGCUGCAAAUUUUUCGUGCCACUCUCAUCCAAACUCUUAUGUCUAAUAAUGGAAUUGAUGAUCCACUGCUGAACAGCUAUAGGACCAAGGGAGGAAGUAUGCAGGGCUAGAGCUGAUCCAUACCAACAAGCUCUAGCAAAAUGGCAAUGAAGGAAAAGAUGGCUAGCAGACUACUCAUCACAGUCACAAAAGCGGCAGAGGGCAGCAAUUGGAAUUCCCCUCCUCUUUAAAGCUUGAAAAGUGUUUCUGAUCCAUAGUUUCAACAACUAUUUAUUUAUUGUGAUCUCUCAUGUGAAUUGUUGAGUUCACUUGGAAGAUGCGGAAGAUUAUACUAUAAUUUCAUCUAUGAACAAUAGGUUCUACCAAUUGAUUUGUAUUAUUUAACGGACAAAUUUUAGCUACAAAAUUGGUUGUAACCUAAGGUUAGGUUACAACUUUACUCAAUAUCUUUUGGUUGGAAGUGAAUUUUGACAAAUCCACCAUUGGAUUAUAUUUUCUUCU